UGCCUUUCCUCCUGGGGUAGACGCAGGUGCCUGCUCUGCCUUCUCUUUUGGCACUUCUACGACGUAAGGAGGCAUCCACCCUCGAAGGGAGUAACUGCAUAAAAGGACGCAUUUCAACAGACAGAGACGGAGAGGGAGAGACACGGCAGACAGGCCAAGCUACACAGGGUCCAGCUCCACUACCACGUCCUCGAUCACGGGGACACAGGGGUCUCUUGGGAGGUUUCAGAUCUACCUUCAACAUUAAAACACCAAGCUAAGACCCCUUUCACAUUCACCUGUACUAAGACCACCUUCUCUUGUUGAUAUCUGGUGGCAAGUAGUGCACAAGAAACUCUCUUGUUGACAUCUGGUGAUAGCAGUGCUCCCAAACUCUCUCACUGAUACCUGGUGGCAAGCAGUGCUCAAGAUACUCUCUCGUUGAAAUUUGAUAGCAUUAGUUUCAAAUACAUCACAACACCAACACUAAUUUGCCUGCUACUCAGCGAGACCACGCCCCUUCGCCCACGCCCGUUGCCGAUCCACGCUAUCUGCUGACGAGAUACUCCUGUCGAAGUGCCUCCUUUAACGCCAAGCCAUCGCUACCAAGUCCACUUUUGAUCCACGCCUACCCGCACCAAGUCUGCCUUACUACUUCGUGGUGACCACUCACGCCUGUGAUACCCUCCUGAUGAAGUCACUGAAGAUACAUCCUCGCACUUUAAGCCGCCCCACUUGCCAAUCCGGCCACCUGCCACGUCAAUUCUUCGCGAACCUUCGUCAGCACAACCAUGGAACUGCCAUUCUGCUCAGCACCACCAAUACUUCCUCGGCACUAUUAAAACAGCGGCCUUUCCUCCUUGGGCGAACGCAGGUGUGUGAUCUGCUUUCUGUUUUGGCUCUUCUACGACGUAAGGAAGCAUCCGCCCUUGAAGGGAGCCGUCGCAUUAAAGGACACAUUUCAACAGAAAGAGACGGAGAGGGAGAGACACGGCAGACAGGUCCAGCUCCACUACCUCGUCCUCUUGGGGGUCUCAUGUCUACCUUCAACAAUAAACCAGCAAGCUAAGACCCCUUUUAUUCACCU